CCAGUGGUGGGGUGGGGAAAGGCUUCCUGCGGUGCUACAGAAUGCAUCUGGUGGCCAAGGUGCGAAGACCCAUGGCCACCACUAGACUAAGGGAAAGCAUUGCCUGGGGCACUCACAGGCUAGGUUGCUAAUUUGGGGCCCCCUUUAGUCCUGGGCCACAGCCCAAAAAGACAGAGAUAUGAAUGUGCAUAGCUGAUUUGGACACAACUAUCACUGCUCCCUCAAGGAAGGCAUCUUUGGCACAUCCGUUUACCGAGGGCAAGUUCUUGGAAGGCUAUGGUCCUAGUACAGUGGAGAAGACUUACAGCAAGAUAGUGACUCUCGGCAAAGAUGAGUUUCACCUACAACUGGUGGAUGCAGCAGGUCAGGAUGAGUACAGCAUUCUGCCCUAUUCGCUCACCAUUGGGGUCCGUGGUUAUGUUCUUGUAUAUUCUGGCACCUCUCUGCAUAGCUCCCAAGUCAUUGAGAGUCUGUACCAAAAGCUACAUGGAGGCCAUGGGGAAACCCGAUAAUACCUGCUAUUGCCUCCCAGGCUGCUGAUGGUGCUAGUGGGGAACAAGGCAGAUCUGUCUCUAAACAGGGAGGUCCAGGCAGUUGAAGGGAAGAAGCUGGCAGAGUCCUGGGGUGCGACAUUUAUGCUCAAGGAAUCAUUAUGCUCAAGGAGUCAGCUAACUCAAGGCAUCACCACCAAAAUUAUGCAGGAGAUUGCCCAUGUGGAGAACUCCUCCUAUGAGCAAGAACGCCGCUGCCAUCUCCUGGGAGCCCUCAGGCAUGGGGUAGCUGCCUUGAUUCUGCCUCUGGCACUGGCCAGGCUCCAGUGGGGGCAGGUCCUCAGGACUUCACAGUUCCCAGGAUGCAGAGCAGCGACCAAUCUCCUGGCUCUUCUUCCAUCUCCCUCCCGGGAAAGACUGCCCCUGGCCAAGGAAAGGGAGCAGCUGGAGUUUCAGGAGCCGAUAACUCCAAGGGAACGGAAUUAGAAAGUGGUCGGAGUCCUAAUUUC